GCGAGAAGGAGAACAGACAGUUGCAGUAUUUUUGUUGUUAAAACUUACAUUAAAACAACUUGUACUGUUACAUUACCUUUCAGUCCCAUUUUAAUUUCGGUGGCUUAUCUCUUGCCGCCAAUUUCAUGCGAUCAUUUCUCGCAGUGCCACGAACGUUGAAACGCACACCAACUGUUUGUGAAAGUGUGCUAAUGAUGCUUUCCAAUUCUUGUAGACUGUGAUUUGAAAAAUGAAAUUAACGUUGUUUUCUCUGUAUUCAGGUCGCCCUGGGUGAUUUUAAUCCUCUCUGACCCGUUUCACCAAGUUGCAGUUUCUGUCAUUAAACUCUUCAUCCCUGGCUAGGUUCUUACCUUACCUGUAGCCAUCGCAGGUUAUACUUGGAAGAGGCUGGAUAGUUUCUCUCUCUCCAUGGACCUGCAGGAUUUCCUUCUCCGUGCUCGGGUCUUGAGGCUUUACAGACAAGCAUUGAGAAUUUCUGGUCGAGCCCCUUCUUCUGCCAGAGGUGAAUAUUCUUAGUUAUAUGAACAGACAAUCAGACAAGAGAUGGAAAAUAAUAGAAACUGCAAUGACAAGCAAAGGAUCCGUUUCUUGAUUAGUGAGGGAUUGGAUAGACUGAACCGACUUGAUGAAAUGCUUGACAUGCAAGGUCACCGUGAUGGAUUGGUAUGUGAUUCAAAUACCUCGCCUGUAGGAGAGUAAAAAAUUAAAUUAGUUCAUGAAAGACAUGUAUCUGUAAAAUUGGUUUUAAAUUCUCCGUUGAUUAAUAAACUUUGCUUGAUGAUUGUCCUUUUCUACAUUCUACAGAGAGAUUCAUUUAAGAGUAAACACUUUUGUAAUAG